AUGCAGCUACCCCAAAAGAUUAAGGUGCCUGAAUUCCAGAGGUACUACGGCACGACCGACCCUCGUCACCAUCUCCGUCACUACUGGGGAAAAAUGCUGCAGUACUGGGACUACGAAGAGUUUGUCAUCCAUACGUUCCAGGAUAGUUUGGCAGGAGCGGCUCUGGAUUGGUACAUGUCACUGAAAGCUGCAGAUAUCCCCACGUGGGCAGACCUCUCAAGCAAAUUCAUCGACCAGUACAGGUACUAUGCGGAGACGCCCCCGACUCUGCUGGAGCUCAGCACGAUGGAGAUGACCGAGGACCAGGGCUUCGAGGCCUAUGCAGUGAAGUGGCGAGCAAGAGCGGCGAAGCACGUCCCUCCGAUCAGUGAGGCACAGCAGAUCCAAUUAUUCCACUCCACUCUUAAAGGGGCCUACUACUUGCACUUGUUGGCCCACACGUCUUCAUUCUCUAACCUUAUCGACGCCGGAAAGAAGGUCGACAUCGGCAUUAAGCUCGGCAAGAUAGAAGGUCCGGUCGAGAAAAAGGAGGGAGAGUCCUCGAAGAGGGCGGCCACUGGGACAACGGGAAACAGGAGAGGGAAAGACACGUCCGUCAACGCUGUCAACUCAGGGCACCAGGCUCCCCAGCAAUAUUCCAUAAGCUAUACGCCCGCACCACCGGCCACUCAAGCGUAUGCCCCACCUUCGGUGCAUUAUCAACAACAACCCCCAACACAGCAAGCUUACUAUUCCGCUCCGCCGGCUUCCUUUCCGUCGUCGGUCCCGCAGCAAUACGCCCAUAAUUAUGCCCCUGCUCCUCCUCCGAUUCAACAAAGUAGGCCCCCGGCUUCGAGAACUCCUCAGCCGGUGCAACGGGCUCCGGCUCCGCAGGACCAACAGGGCAUCGCAACACAAACGCGGCGUAAGCAGUUCACACCUCUGCCGGCUCCGCUCUCCUACAUAUACCGGCAACUCCUCGCGGGUAACAAGAUCCGAUCGAUAGCACCUAACCCUGAUUUCGACCCAACCAUCCAAGAUCAGAGUCGGCGCUGCGAGUACCAUCAGGGCGCGCCCGGUCACACCACUGACAAUUGUUGGAAACUACGGGAGAGGAUCCAACAGUUGAUUGAUGACAAGCAACUCACGUUCAACGCCGUCAAACCCCCGAACGUGCAAUCAAAUCCUCUUCCCGAUCACGGGUCGAGCUCAGGACCCAGCAUUAACAUGAUCGGUGCUUGCGCUAUAGGGGAGUACGAGACCGGACAGGAGGCACCGGCCCCGUUUGUGAUCGAAUAUGUUCCUGCAGAAGCUGGUGUAGGGUACGCAGGGUUCGAUGCCACGCCCACCCCAUUCGUGAUAGAAGUCCCCGCACGAGAGCCAUAUCAAGAUAGCAAGGUCCCGUGGACCUACGAGGGAAGUGUUGGGAACCUCGAGAGCCAAUUUAGCGUCAUGGGCGUGACGCGCUCGGGUCGAGUCUAUGAAAAUCCGAAGGCUGCAAACAAAGGGAAAGCCCUGGCAAUGCCCGAAGUCGCCCCGGAAGCCUCGUCCAUUCCCCAGAAGAAGGUGACUGAAGAAGAAGCUGAGGCCUUCAUGAAGAUUAUCAAGGCAAGCGAAUACAAGGUCGUUGAACAAAUGGGCAAAUCUCCAGCCCACAUUUCACUACUCGCCCUCCUCUUGGGUUCAGAGCCACAUCGUGAAGCGCUUCUGAGGGUCCUAACAGCAGCGCAAAUCCCCAAAGAAACGGCUCCGGAGCGGAUUGAAGAGACUAUCAGUUCGAUCUUCUCCAACAACAUUUCAUUUUCAGAUGAUGAACUUCCCUCAGAAGGGUGGGCACACUCGCGGGCACUACACAUUAUGAACGUGGACUUUAACCGCAUCCGUCCGAGCAAAACUGCGGUUCGAGCCUUCGACGGCUCGCGGAGGGAAGUAAAUGGAGAGAUCGACCUGGUGAUCGAGGUGGGUCCCUGCUCAUUCGCUGUUACGUUCCAAGUCCUAGACAUUCCGAAUGCUUUCAGCUUGUUGCUCGGGAGACCGUGGAUCCAUGCAGCUGGCGCCGUUCCUUCGUCCCUACACCAAAGGAUUAAAUUCAUCGCAGAAGAUCGACUUAUCACGGUCAAGGGUGAGGAGGACUACGCCAUUUACAAGGAGAAAGCUGUUUUGCUGCGCCACAAUUACAUCCCCGGCACCGGACUCGGAGCACAUGGGCAGGGGAUCAACCGCCCCAUCGAGGUCAAAGAGUACAAGAACAAGAGGGGAAUCGGUUUUCGCUCUUCCUGUCACGAGAUUAUUGAGGCCCGCAGGGGCAAGCACCUUCACCGUCUCGCUGCACGCUAUGGGAAGAUCAACAGGGGCAUCCCGGUUCAGCCGCUCUCCUACUUUUUUCCUGGGCCUCCACACAUCGUCGGAGGUACACUUGACGGUCUCUCCUCGGAUUCAGACAGCGAGCCUGUUGACCUACCAAACAUAUGCGCCGUCACCGAGGAGACAACUCCAGGGGCUUACAUCCGCCUCGCGCAGGAAAAUGAGGAACUCAACAACUGGACCUCAGUCCCGCGUUACUCGGUUGUAAUCGCCGAUGUGUAA